AUAAACUGCAAAUUUUAUUAAUCCCCUAGAUUUCGGACCACCAAAUAGCAAUUCACUGAAAAGUUGAACCAUUAAGCCCUAAAGCACCAGUGGCACAUUCUGUUCCGUAACAAAUGGAGCAUUUCCACCUCAGAUCGUGAAAGCUGAUCCGAGAUCAGCAUCUGAAUGGAAAUAAACUCCGUGACAACAAGGAAACUGCCGCUGCAGACUUCUUACAACAUAUCGACCUCUACGCGACAGUCCACAAUGUUUAACGCCCGUGGUGUCGUGUUGUACGCUUUGAUAAGCAUUUGUUCCACAGAUGAGAGUAAAAUAAAAAACGCACAGAAACCGGUGCGUCUGUUUAGCGAGGAGGAGUUGCAAAGAUACGAUGGGAGCGAGGACGGACAGCCGAUUUACAUGGCCGUUAAAGGUGUAGUGUUUGAUGUCACAACUGGACAAGAGUUUUACGGAAAGGGAGCUCCUUAUAAUGCGCUUGCGGGCAAAGACUCAACCAGAGCUGUGGCCAAAAUGUCCCUUGAGCCAGCAGAUCUCACACACGACACUACGGGCCUCACCGAGAGUCAGCUACAGUCUCUUGAGCAGAUAUUCAAAGGAACGUACAAAGCAAAAUACCCCAUCGUGGGGUACACCAGCAGACGCCUUCUCCGCGAGGACGGCAGCCCCGAUACAGACUUCAAACCCGAAGACCAACCGAAUUUCGCCAUUAGGGAUGAAUUUUGAUGAAAAUCGUCUUUAUAAUAAAGUCCAAUCAAAGUUG